AAUGCAAGCUCUAUGAACAGCAAUAGCGUCGCGUUUGAUCUAACCUAACUUCAAAUAUUAACCUAAAAAUUGAAAUCAUGGAGCAAGCUAUGGAGCAAGAGGAGCAAAUCAUCACGCAUUAUAACAAUCGCGAAAUUUUAACGACUGCCGUUGUUAUAAUACGUGAAAUAAUAGAUUCUUCUUCUGAUUCAUCAUCAGAAAGCGAUGAUGAAGAAUUAAAAAUAAUAAGAGAUUGUAGAAAUGUAAGAAGACGUGUUCCAAGAAUUUUAAAUUACGUGUCACAUAUAAUACCAAAUUUAACUAAAGAAGAAUUCAAAGCCCAUUUCAGGAUGUUACCUGAAACUUUUGAUUAUAUCUUAUCUUGUAUCGAACAAAGAUUAAAAAGGGUAAUACCUGGAACACCUAUGAUUGAUCCGCGCACACAAUUUCUGUUGGCAUUAUGGAGACUAGCUACUCCAGAUUCUUUUAGGUCAAUUUGUGAACGAUUUAAUGUUGGAAGAAGCACUGCUUUAUAUAUAACAAGGAGAGUGGUAAAGGCACUCAAUGAGCUUGCGCCUGUUGUUAUUAAGUGGCCUACAGGUGACCGAGUAAACGAAGUGUGGGCAGGAUUUGAAAAUGCAAGUGGAUUUUCUAAAAUUAUUGGAGCUAUAGACGGAACACAUAUAAACAUUCCAGCCCCAAAAAACAAUCCCGAAUGUUAUAUAAAUCGCAAAGGUCACCAUUCCAUCCAACUUCAGGCUAUUUGUGACCAUAAAUGCCAAUUUAUUCAUUGUUAUGCUGGACAUGUUGGAUCUGUCCACGAUCAACGGGUAUUUCGUCAAUCAGAAGUUCAACAUUAUUUGGGAGAUGUUACGAAAUUCCCACAAGAUAGCCAUUUGGUUGGUGACUCGGCUUAUAAAUUACAUGAAAAUUUAUUGGUACCAUACCGUGACAAUGGCCAUUUAACAGAACGACAGCGAAAUUAUAACUUCUGCCAUUCUUCAGCAAGAAUUGUCAUUGAGAGAGCGUUUGGCCUUUUAAAAGGAAGAUUUCGUUGGCUUUUAACUACACUUGCCAUAGAUCGAACAGAUUUAAUUCCUAUGCAUAUUCUUUCUUGUUGCGUAUUACAUAACAUUUGUUUAAUGAGAGGUGAUGAACUUAAUUUUGAAACAAAUGACGUAGAACUUAUUGAUAUAGCAGACAAUGUUGAAAAUGUUUCUGCCGUUUCUAAUGCGGGUGUUGCUAAAAGAGAUUUGAUAUGUGAAAGAUUAAGAAUGAGACAUGUGUGACUGAUUAAGGUGUGCGUGUGUGUUUUGAUAAUCAUUUAACCCAAUCUUGUACAUUAUUUUUACUAUUUCCUUUUAUUAUAAAAACAUAAAAAUAUCUUUACAUGUAGUAAAUAAAUGUCUUUUU